GCUGCGUGGGGCUCAGAUGCUUUGCAGUAAAGGGCUGCGCGGUGUCAGGCUGGUAUCUCGUACCUUAUACUAGUGCCCAGUAAGAAAAAAAAAAAAAAAAGCGUGCAUUUAUUGCACUGCACGUCAGCUGGGAGCAUUGCACAACUGACAAUAGAUUUACCGAACCGAGUAUGAAUGGAUUCGAUUCGGUGAAACGACGGGAGAUCAGGAGCUGGCUGACGGGGGGAGAGAGACCGGCAUCUGGGGGAGAAAACGGUGGAAGAGAAGAAGGAGGGCGCGUCUGAGCGGCUUUGAAUUCGGGAAUACCAAACCAAGCCGCUGCGGCCGGCAAUCUCAACAGAGCAGGAUCGAAGAAGGGAAAAAAAAAAGACUAGGACACCCGAAGAUUGUGCCUAUUGUCGGGUCAAGCAGAGGAGGAGACGCGGCCGUGCGCAAUUGGAAGAUAGAAACAUAUCAGCAUUGGGCUGACAGUGUAUGAAAAUUGGAAAAUUAUUAUUUUUUUCUUUCUGCACAAGGGCACCACACGGGGAAGAGGACGCACAUCCGAUGCCUGGGCUGCAGACCGCACAUGAAAGCGCUUGCACGGGUUCUUCGCUUCUGCAAUGGUAGCCGGUCUUCAAUCGGACACUGCGAGAAGAGAAGAUUCUGUUCGCCGUGUUUUUAACCCUUGCACAGACUAACAAACAGGCAGCGUUUGAUCAAGCAGAAAAGAAAAAUAAAAAAAAACGCUGUUAAUUUAAUAAGUGGGGAGAAUUUAAACAUAUUUAUUAAGUUGGGAAUCUCUUUGUCUUAUUAUUAUUUCUUUAUUGACAGGAACGGUGUUACAUUUUGGCUAGUGGGUAUACUUUUAUGAAAUAAAUAAUAAUAAUAAUAAUAAUAAUAAUAAUAAUAAUAAUAAUAAUACCAGCUUGCUAAAUUGUUCGGUGCUAGUAAGCAUUUAACUAUAAUUAAAGAGAACAGAUCUGUAUCAAGGUUAACGAACACGCCUCUUAUAGUAAUACGCAUUCGUAGGUGGCGAGAACAGCGCGUUUUGUUAUCAUAGAAACGUGUUUUUUUUGAGGGGGGGGAGAGGAAGCAGUGCUUUCUGCUGGAUAAUGACACACUGUACUAUUUUGCAAGCAAAAUAUACAGCGUUUUAACUUGAAAGGGUCCCUUACACUGUGUGCAAGCGCUGUGCGCACACAUACACACACGCACACACACACACACACACACGCACACACGCACACACACACACAACCAUUGAAUUGAGCAUUCGCUUACGUCAUCGCUUUUAGCAUGGGGGGAAUUCAAAACGAAGCGAUGCUGCUUGACCAGGCUAGCGACAUUAAUCUGUGAUUUGCAUUGCCUGUGAUAUAGCAAAGCCCCGGGUUUAGACGCGCUAGCAAGCAAGACUAUAUAGCUAUACAGUAAUAAUAAUAAUAAUAAUAAUAAUAAUAAUAAUAAUAAUUUCACAAAACGUUGCAGUAUAUACAUAGAAGGAAAAACUAACAGAUAUCAUAUGUGCUUUUAAUAAUUGUGUAUUAUAAUUGAAUGAAACUGGGGGGGGGGGGGGGGGGUGAACGGUCCCAUGCAUAAAUUUUCUCCCGGGUGCAGCGCUGCACGGCUAAACUAACAACAAAAGCGACCCCUUAGCUGUAACGGGUGCUAAAACUCAGCGUGUAUUUAACAGUGUGCAGCGUUUCCCUGGCCGGCUGUGCUGUGCAGUAGUGCGCUGCUAUCCGAGUCUCGCUUAUACUGCAGCCGAGCCCGCACGCAGCCGCAGCAUCUGCACUGGAACUGCUGUGCUUCUCAAGACGUGCAUAUGCGCACACGUUUGUUUGGUUUUUUUUUUUCAAAACCGAAACGGGAGCCAGAGUGGUUGUUUUUUAUUUAUUUAUUUUUUCUCUUGUGCACACUUGUUAUCGUUACAACACGCCGCAUGCAUCCUUCGGUAACCUGCAGCUCCUGCCUUUGAACCCAACACCGGAACACGUGCGUGGGGUGUGCGGGGCGCGCCCACCAAGCAUCCCCCACUUCUGGGCUCUGGGCGAGAAGAAGGCACCUGUGUGAAACGACCCCUGGCUUAUUCCUGAGUGUUAUUAUUAUUAUUAUUAUUAUUAUUAUUAUUAUUAUAGACCCGUAUAGACGCUUGGCAACCGGCUGCCUUGGUAAAAACUACAAAGUCACUCUUCUGUGAUUGGUAACGUGUGGUUUUUUUUUCAUUGAAGAUUCACAUUGCGUCACUCCAGACCAGCCCUCUCUGUCUCCGGUCCCUCCCUGCCUUCCCUACCUUCCCUACCUAUCUCCCUUUGUGACUGUGCGCCUGGUAUCUUCUUUUAAGGAGUUUAUUUUUUAGUUUUUCUUGGGUGUUCAUUUGUGCCAUACCAUGGAGACCACCAAGCUACCCCCGUGCAGCCCUAGCUCCCCCACGACCGGCUUCACCGUGCCCAGCGCCGAGAAAGUGGACGGGUUCCCCCGGCGUUCAAUGCGUCGAGCCCGGCAGAGGCGAUCCCACAGCUCGUCUCAAUUUCGAUAUCAGAGCUCGCAAGUGGAACUCACUCCCCUGCCGCUUUUAAAAGACGCCCCCGUGUCGGAGCUGCAUGAUCUGUUCUGUAAGAAGCUGCAGCAGUGCGGCGUGCUCUUCGACUUCCUCGACUGCGUGGCGGACCUCAAGGGCAAGGAGAUCAAGCGGGGGGCUCUCAACGAACUGGUGGAGACCGUCGCCACCAACCGGGGCGUCCUGAUCGAGCCAGUGUACCCCGAGGCUGUGAAGAUGAUCUCGGUGAAUAUCUUCCGUACUCUGCCGCCGAGCGAGAACCUCGAAUUCGACCCCGAGGAAGACGAACCGACACUGGAAGCCUCCUGGCCUCACCUGCAGCUGGUCUACGAGUUCUUCCUAAGAUUUCUGGAGAGCGCCGACUUCCAGCCGUCGGUGGCCAAGCGAUACAUCGACCAGAAGUUUGUGAUGCAGCUGCUAGAGCUGUUUGACAGCGAGGACCCGCGCGAGAGGGAGUAUCUGAAGACCAUCCUUCACCGGGUCUACGGGAAAUUCCUGGGACUGCGAGCUUACAUCCGCAAGCAAAUCAACAACAUCUUCCUGAGGUUCAUCUACGAAACCGAGCACUUCAACGGGAUAGCAGAGCUUCUGGAGAUCCUAGGCAGCAUCAUCAACGGCUUCGCUUUGCCUCUGAAGUUGGAGCACAAGCAAUUCCUGGACCGAGUCCUGAUUCCGCUCCACACGGCGAAGUCUCUGUCUGUGUUCCACGCGCAGCUGGCAUACUGCGUGGUACAGUUCAUGGAAAAAGACUCAACCGUUACAGAAUAUGUAAUCAGAGGUCUCCUGAAAUAUUGGCCCAAAACCUGCACUCAGAAAGAGGUGAUGUUCUUGGGAGAGGUCGAGGAGAUCUUGGAUGUGAUCGAGCCCUCCCAGUUCGUCAAGAUUCAGGAUCCUCUUUUCAAGCAGAUCGCUUUCUGCGUCUCCAGCCCCCACUUUCAGGUGGCGGAGCGCGCUCUCUACUUCUGGAACAACGAGUACAUCUUGAGUCUGAUAGAAGACAACUGCAGCAUCAUCCUGCCCAUCAUCUUCGCUACCCUGUACAGAGUCUCCAAGGAGCACUGGAACCAGACCAUCGUCUCUCUGAUCUACAACGUCUUGAAAACCUUCAUGGAGAUGAACACCAAGCUGUUCGAUGAACUCACUGCAUCCUACAAAGUAGAGAAACAGAAAGAGCAGAAGAAGGAGAGGGAGAGGCAGGAGCUGUGGAGGAAGCUGGAGGAUCAGAGGAUACGGAAGCUGCAGAGUCUGGGAGAGGCGGAGAUGAACCGACUCAACCUGCAAAUCAGCCAGAACGACCAGAGAGGAGAGGCCAACAGCAGCGCGGACGGACCGAACAGACCGGCCAGCAAAACCUAGAACCCGCCCAGGCCAGCGGGACCUUACCCAGAACCCCAUCGCUGGACCGGCACCACGGCCUGGCUCCAAAACCAUUAGGACUUUUAUUACAUAAUAAUAAUGAUAUUAAUAAUGUUAAUAGUUGCAGUGUAUAGGACAAAAACACUAGGGGGAGCUGUUUCAACAAUACAGCAACAGUUCUGCAGCACCUAGAAUUUUAGGAUUGAGAGACAUAAGUAAGAGAAAAUAAUCAUUCGAAUCUGACCCCCGGGCUAUAGCACAACUACAUCCCCUUUCAGAAACGAACUGGACCAGGGUUCCGCUGAAACUCCAAACUCUUAACUCAGAUCACUCAGAUAGAUGACAGAUAGUCACACAGAUCAAACACUGGACCUUGUUGUCGUCAUUUAGAAAUACAAAGGGGCAAAAAAAAAAAACACUAAGCCAAGCAGAAAACCAUUUCGGCUCUAGUGCCUUUUUCAGACUUAGUUACAGUGUCUUACCUUUCCUGUUGCGAGCGCGGCACACCUGGGCUGUGACCCAAAUCUUCCAAACUUCCGGAUGGCAAUUUUAAACUGUCUUUCUUUUUUUUAUUAGCCUCUUAUUAACUUUUUCUCCUGCUGUUUUUCAAAUACAGCUGGGUAGAUCGCUGGGGCCCGGUCACUUCCUGCGCUGUAGGUCACACGUUUUUUUUUUUUUUUUUGGGGGGGGGGGGGGGGGGGUUAGCAAUAACCGAAGAGUUUAAUUCUAUCACGUUUCUCUUGUUUGUGAGUUCUGUAUCGUGUCGGGUCUCCAAUGUGUAUUAUACUGGACUCCCCAGACUAAUGCAGGCCCUGUAAUAUCAGCUCUGUACGAAUGUGAAACCCAACGGAACCCAAAUGCCCCACCAGAACUGGAAAACUAUGAACUGGGAUGCCGUUUUACCAGCCGAAAUGCUGCCGUCCGCUCCUGAGAAUUGGACAAAGCCUUAGCAUUCGCGUCUUAACUCUGUCUGCCUGCAUUCCAUUAAUGCAUUGAAAUCUAACAUUGAUGUGUCUUGAAGUGCGCCCCCUAGAGUUUGACAGCCGCAUGCACAUGAUACAUAUUGUGUUUGGCUAGAGAAGUAAACUGUGUAUAUCCAGGCCUCCGUGCAUGCUGUAAGGAACAGGACUGUGAAACCAUCUGCCUGUACGUUUGCAUUGCGUUGGGAUAGAGUCUAUCAGUUGGAUUUUGACUCUUAUCAGCUGGUUCCAGUUUACAGAGCUUCAAGGAGCUUCAAAAGGGGGGGGGGGACUCGAUUGAAGUAUUUUGUUUGUUUUUUUUUAAAUAGAAAGGAGUUGACAAAGUGAACCCGGGCAGAUGUUUUCAGCGCAGCACAGAAGCGUUUCAGAAGGGGAUAGUUAGCACCCUGCGGUCCCGUCCUACCAAGGGCAGCCCCCGGCCCAUUGCAGCUGCCUUCCUUCCCAGUAGCGCGCAGAAAUAACCCAGUUCGGAUUGUGUAGCAUUGUUUGCUGGUGGAUGAAUGGUUUUUGCUCCCCGGUGUGUAAAACUGCUAGCAGCUUCCUUCUGUUUUGCUCCGUAUGGAGCUCACACAGGAAUGUGUCCAGUGAGUUUUCAGAGCAGAGCGGGAG